UCUGAAUCAGGGAGCUUGAGCAUGAAGAGCAAAAUGCAGUAUUUUGGUUCUCUAUGGUUGCUUUUUGUGUGCAUGCAUCUUGCUGAUCCACAGGAGCUUUUUUUCUCCUCCUCCUUUGCUGAUUCAGUCGCCAUGGACAUGGCCAAGAAUUCUAUAGAUGACAGGUAUUCUACCUGCGCAAGGAAAAUGGAAGAAAAAGUUCAAAGUAUCUUCUUUCAAAAAGAAAUGGAGAAUGAACCAUUUAAAACUGUAUGGCAAUACUGUGUCAAAAAGAUAGAAAACACAGAGAAUGGAGGUGAGGGUCUGACAAAUUAUCACAGGGAAGCAAUUUGUGCUUAUACAGCCGGACCGCCGGAAAACCUCUAUUUGACAUUCAAUAACAAAGUUAGGACCAUGCGUGAUGCAUAUGGUUCAUCCUUUCCAUUCCAUUCCUUACAUUUCUGGCUGACCACGGCUGUGCAGAUUCUCAAAAAAUCAGAUAAAAACAGAUGUUACACAACUUUUCGCAGAACUGAUGCUAUAUUUACUGGAGAUUUGAAACAAGAGAUCCGGCUAGGUCAGUUUGUUUCUACCUCAUUCGAAUCAAAUUUAGCUCAUUUUGGUACUAGGACAUGCUUUAAUAUUACAACCUGUUAUGGUGCUGAUUUGAAAAGUUACUCAGAAUUUGAAGAUGAGAAAGAAGUGCUCAUUCCACCUUACGAGAAGUUCAAGAUAAUUGGAAAGACUACGAAAAUCCCUGACUGUGAGAUUGUCUAUAUUUUAAAGAGUACUGGAGUUCAAAGCGAUCUGAAUUGCAAACUCGCAAACAAAUGUCAUGGUGAUUAUUUUCUUCCAACCCUUAUUUAUGCGAUCGUUACUUUUCAUCUCCUCCUAAAUUUAUAAAUUGCUGAUCUUUUAAGGGAAAGUUACCAUUUAACUCUCUUAAGUGCAUAAUCUUAUUUGAACACAAAGACAUUAGGGCAGUUGCAUACAGCCAAUGGGCUAUUUCAAUACAUCUUACAAAAUUGGCUUCUGUGAUCUUAAAAAAACCAAGAUAUGUUAUUUACAAAUUAUUCUAUAUAAAGUCAACCUGAUAAGCUAUUCGAGGCAGAACCAAAUCAGUGCAAAUAUUGCCUAAAGUUAUUUAACUACAUAGAACUAGUUUCCAAGAGGUUACCCUAAAAAAAAUACUUUUUAAUUGGCAUGUUUCAUGUCGCCGCUCCUGUUGUUCAACUGAAAAUUAGCUUUCUACUGUCAGCAAAUACCCUGUACUUCCUUUAUUUUGUAUGAAAUUGAUAAGAAUGGUAUAUGUUAUGAUGUGUUUUGUUUCUAUAGUGAAUGAUUAAUAUAAAAAUAUAUGCAAUGUCUUAGAAGCAGGAUGAUAAAUGUACUGUUUGUAAAAUAAAACAGGAAUGAGCGAAUACAACAGAAUGUAAA